AUGUCCUCCGUGGUCGUGCCACAAUUUUUUCCUUCAUUUCAUUUUCAAAUUACUCAAGAUCCGAUUUCAUCUUCCAAUAAUUCUUCGUCGUCCCCUCUGGUCACAAGUGAACACUAUGGAAGUAUUUUACUCAUGAUGUUUCUGGAACAAGUCAAUCAUCACCACGACACGAGUCAAGAAUUAUUCUCCUUUCCUAAUGAUGACAACGAUGCAUUUGAAGAAGAUCCUUCCGAACUUCCCAAUGCAAGCUCAGACUCGGAUGGAGUCAUUGACCAGAAUAUUCUCUCCAAUUCGAGACGAUUGAGUCAUGUUGGUUGUCAUUCUUUUCAUUCCUCUGCUGAAAGGACAUUGAACGAUGAACAAACAGUAGAGGAUGACAAAUCCACAACCAAUUCAAAGAAAAGAGGAAGAAGGAAAAUCCAAUCAUCUAUUAUUCAUCAUACAUCUAAAAAGAGAAACAACAAAAAGACCACUUCCCGUCAAUCCAACCCUAAAAAGGAUGAGCAGAAUGAAGAAGAAGAACAUGUUUGUUCCUCUUCUUCGGAAGAUUCCGAACAGUCAACAACAGCACGUGUGGCAAGGAGGAAACGAAAUACAUCGUCACGAAUUGUCAAACAAAAAAAGACAAUGAAAAGAGAGAAUUACAAAAAACCACGUGUUGCCAAGAGGUAG